AGUACUAUUUACCAAUAUAAAAAUAUCUAAAAAGUUUACACACCAAAAAAAGAAAAACAAAAGCAACCAUAAUUCGAAUUCUAUAUUCUGAAACGGUUAACAUCACGAGCAUUCAAGCGCGUGGCGCGUCCAAUUUCUGACAGCCCAUUGCUUUGAAUGUGGUGCCCACAGGAAAAUCUUUAUUCCACCUCCAUAUCGUAACCAACGGCCGGUUAACCGCGAAUUCCCCAAAAAACCCCUGUACUUGGCCUUAAUUACUGGACUGCCACCGCUCGAUCUCUCCUAUAUAAUCGCAGCUUCAUUUGUUAUUAGGUUUGCCGAAAUAGACAACCAACCGGCACUUCUAAAAUCACUUUCAUCUUUUCUACUUUUUCCAGGAUUAAAAUACACUAUUUCCACUCCAAAGUACAACCAAUGGAAGCGUCCUCCAGAAACAGAUCCUCGCAAGGUACAACCUUCCACAGCCACUUCCAGCGCUCGCUUUCUCCCUCAGGCCGAUUCUGCCCCUCCUCCAUCUCGGCGUCGUCUGCCGCGACCUUCUCCGCCCGUUCCGAGCCCCGGCUCGGAUCCGACUCGGUCCUGGCCCGAUCCGCCAGCCCUACCCGCGUCAGCCUCGGCAGAUCCGUAUCGCCUUCGUCGUCGGUCCGAUUCUCCGCUCCUCGGAGGCAUCCGAUUGCCUCUCACCACCAGAAGCAGAGCCACCGCUCGCUGCCGAAGAAAACGUGCAUGUGCUCCCCUACGACGCACCCAGGCUCCUUCCGUUGCAGCUUGCACAAGAACAGCAUCGUCUCUGGCUACAGCGGCCGAAACCAGGCGUCGCCGUCGUCGUCGUAUCGGUCCAGCCAUCAAUUGAAUAUGCGGCGAUCGGCGAUGACGAAUUCGCUCGUUCGAAUCGGCACGGUGGAGGGGGAUUUAGUGAGGAGAGCUCUGGCGGCGCUGAUUCGGCCGUCGUCGCACAGCUUACGCCGCCGGCACGACUUCCAGCCGCGGCCGAGCCGGCUGUCCGUCAUGUCGAAAGCCGAUGGCUUAUAAUAGGGGAAAAUUUAUGUCGUAUUUUUUUGUACAGGACUGACUCGGUGAGUGGCGCGCUGAGUGAACUCGGCCGGAUUAGCCGGUUUUUUCGUGGCUGUGGAAAUUUUGAAUUUGGAAAACCCAUUUGUAUGAGUUUUGUGGUAGUAAAAGAACUCAAGUGGUUUCCCAUUUUUUUUUUCUUUUUUCUUAAUUUUUUAUUGAAUUAGCGGCGAGAGAGUAUAUGAUUGAGAAUGGGGUAAGCAGCUAUCUGUGAUACGAUGAGAUUAUAUUUGUAAAUUUGAGAGAUUUGAAUUAAAUUGCAAAUCUACGGAGGAUCCUGUUGUAGCAAAUUUGCUGCGAUUUUGGAAAAA